UUUUUUUCCUUUUUUUUUUCUUCGUUCUUGUGCAUAUAUUCCUGUUCGACAGUCAUGUCUAUGCAAUUGUCCCCUAUUGGUGCUAUUGCUCGUCGUGCAUUGACCACCGCUACGCGUCAGGCUACCACGGCCGCCAGUGCGAUGCCUUCCCGUCCACUCACUGCUGAAGAAAAGGAAAAACUGGCUCCCAUGAUUCGCGUGGAUCAAUCGGGCGAAGUGGGCGCCUACUACAUUUACAAAGGACAAAUAGCGGUGUUGGGUCACGAUCCCAAUCUGAGGCCACUUUUGCAGGAAAUGUGGGAUCAGGAAAAGAAACAUUUAAAGUAUUUCAGCGACUUGGUCGGCCACCAUCGCGUUCGUCCCAGUUUACUACGACCUAUUUGGGAAGUCGCCGGGUUCGCUGUAGGUGCCGGAACCGCAUUGCUUGGAAAAGAAGCCGCCAUGGCUUGCACUGAAGCCGUGGAAACCGUCAUUGGUCACCAUUACAACGAUCAGUUGCGUGAAUUAGCUACCAUCAAGGACGACAAUGAAGACUUGGUGCAUCUCAAAAAGAUUAUUGCCGAAUGCCGAGAUGAAGAGUUGGAACACCACGAUAUUGCCGUUGCACACGAUGCUCAGAGAGCGCCUUUCCAUUCGGCCUUGAGCGCAGUCAUCAAGCAAGGCUGCAAAACCGCCAUCUGGAUUGCAGAACGUGUAUAAACGCCUUUCUACUGACAAUCAACCCUCAUUGUAUUAUUUUAUCAUCAUUUCCCGCCGUAUUCUCCCUACUCUAGAUUCAUUGUAUUACCUCUCGCCAAUUUAUUCCAGUCUUAUUCUUGGGAAAUAGAUACAAAAUUAUA